AUGUGGACGACAACAACGUACAGGAUCCCCCAGAUCAUCGCAAUUUUGGCGGUGGCAGGAACCCUCCUGGGGAUGGAUAUAUCAUCCAUGUCAAUUUUUCUGAGCUCGAAAUAUUUCAACGAAUACUUCAAAAAUCCGGGGCCCCUAUCCCAAGGCCUGAUGACAGGCGCGAACCCUGUAGGAGGUUUCAUAGGGUGCAUAUUUUUUGGCGUGCUGACAGACAGAAUAGGUCGUGUUGUUACAUUCCAAACGGUGGCAAUGACCUGGAUUGUUGGUUCAGUCAUUUCAGCUCUGGUCGUGAACGUGGCAAUGCUUGUUGCUGGACGGAUUGUGCGCGGAGUUGCGGUGGGCAUGUUGUCGGUUUUGCUGCCAGUUUACAUUGGAGAGGUAAUUCCACAAGAGAAAAAGGGCAGGGCUACGUCCAUAGUGCAAUUUGCACUGACGCUCGCAAUUUUAGGAACCUUUACCAGUUGCUUUCUUCUCAAUUUUUUGGAAAGUCAGAUCUCGUUCCGUGUUGCGUGGGGGCUAGAAUUGGUCCCUGGGCUAUUAUUUCUUCUACUCAGCUUCAAGCUCAGCGAGUCUCCUGAAUGGCUAGUAUCGCAUGGUGAAUACGAUCGUGCCCAGACUAUUUUCCAAUACUUCAGUAAAGACGAAAUUGUAAAGACCAGCUUCACCAAAAUUGAUCUAGUGGAGACAUAUGGACAUCAGCGAACAAAAUACUGGGAUCUUUUCCCCCCGCCACUGAUAAAAUACACCUUUUUCGGAUUAACGAUACAGAUUCUGGUGCAAACAUGUGGUAUAAACAUUUUAAUGUUUUACGUGGUCUACAUUUGCGAAAUGAUUGGUCUGCGAGGUGCUGCCAAAUUGAGUGCUGCUUCCGUUCCGUAUCUCAUAAAUGUAGUAUUCACUUGCAUCCCAAUCUUGACCUUAGAUCGUCUCCGUCGAAAGGUGGUAAUUGUCUAUGGCGCCAUAUCACUGGGAUGCACUAUGGCAUUAAUUGGUAUUCUGAUGGGAGCUUUAGGGAACGAAGUUUCACCAAUUGAGGGCAAUACUACAAUCGUUUGGGAAAUAACAGGUAUUGCUGGUCUAAUAGUCUUGGUCCUUUGUUUCCUAUUCGUUGCCAUAUUUGCGUCAACCCUUUCCUGCUGUGCCUGGCUUUAUACUAAUGAAGUUCUGCCCAUACCUGCGAGGUCAACGGGGAUGGCACUUUGCAUGGCGACUAGCUGGUUUCUAAAUUCUUGUUUGACUUUUGCGGCUCCAAUACUUCUCAGUAAAAUCAAAUGGCUUACUUUUGUUUUGUUAGGAGCUGUCACCUUGGCGUUAUCCGCAAUCAUUGCAGCAUGGUUUCCAGAAACUCGGAAAUCUAAUUCGUCGAACGAAAGUUCUCCAGAACGCUUUUCCGAAAAAGGUGGAAAUGAGGGUAUCAGUGGUGAACCAGUGUCUAAGUCCUCCUUGCCUUCUCCAUUAGUUUACACGGACAACAGAAUUGAAUUAAUUCCUGAUCAGAGUCAAAUGAUAUGA